AUGGCACAGACACAGCAGGAUUUUAACAGUGGGAAGAUGCUGAUGGACAAAAAUGAAUCUUGGUUCUCUAAUUUCUCCUCUGCUGCCUCCUCCUUUGCAAAAGGAGGUGGCAACUGGGCAGGGAUCGGCCUCCAGGAGGUGGUCAUCGGGCUGAUACUAACCCUCAUUGACUUGAUCACACUCCUGGGAAAUACGGUAGUCUUCAUCUGCCCGGUGGUGGAAAAGAGGCUGCGCACCGUCACCUAUAUGUUUAUCAUGUCCUUAGCCAUGGCAGACUUCCUUGUAGCUUGUCUGGUCAUGCCCUUUAGUAUCAUUUACGAGGUGACGGGGAUGUGGUUGUUCGGGAAGUUGUUCUGCAAAGUCUGGAUCUCCUUUGAUGUCAUGUUCUGCACUGCAUCCAUUGUCACGUUGUGCUUCAUUAGCCUGGACAGAUACUGCUCCGUGGUGACCCCGUACCACUAUUCGAGAAGGAUGUCCCGUGGCAGAUGCAUCGUGAUGACCUGCAUGGUCUGGGUAUACUCCUCCCUCAUUUCCUUCCUUCCCGUCAUGCAAGGCUGGAAUGAGAUCCCCGGGGUGGACUUUGAUGCAGGCAGAGAAUGCAUCUUUGUCACCAACUGGAUUUUUGCCAUCGUGGCUUCUGCUCUGGCAUUUUUUGUCCCCUUCAUGGUCAUGUGCAGCAUGUAUUUCUUCAUCUACCGAGCUUCACGGCUCAAGGCCACUCGUAUCAUGUCUCAGACCCUGGAGAUUCACUACCACCCCAACAGCAAGCGGCAGAACCAUCUGCAGCUGGAGAACAAGGCCACGCGGACCAUUAGCAUUAUCAUUUCAGUCUUUGUGCUGUGCUGGCUGCCGUACUUUGUCCUGAAUGUCUGGCUCGCUGCCAGAGGCACCGACUCCACCAACACGGUCUUGGUUGACACCUUCAAGAUCAUCACUUGGUUAGGGUAUUGCAACUCCACCAUCAACCCAAUGCUCUACGCUUUCCUGAACCGGGACUUCCAACGGGCCCUGAAGAAGCUGCUCAUUUGCAGGCACAGGUCUCAGGUGGACAUCGGAGAAGACAUGGUUUCCAUAGCCACGUUUUCCAAGACUGCUCCAGACCUGGAAUAUAGCGUUACGGUGCCACUGCCCAAUGGUGCCCUGAAGGGCAAACCCAAGUAA